AGUAUGUUGAAGAUAAACUGAUCUUAAGCAAUUUUAAAAAUACCUUUCAUCAGGACCAAGCUGAUUUACACUCUUCCUGGACAUGUUUGAUACUAAACACGAACUUUCUUUUUGGACAAAUAUAAUAAAUUGAAAACACUGAAUCAUUUUUUGUUUUCUUUGUUUCCAAGGACUAUUUUUUUUCUGGGAUUUUCCAUGUAUGUUUCCGCAUCUUUGAACAUUAAAGUUCAAAUCUCGCCUACUUAUUAUUCCGUGAUAAUUUUAUAUUUUCAAAGGACUGGGACCAAGUAUCUGCCUAUAGCGCCCAUAGUCAGAGACCCAGGAUGUAUACGGUGGAUCAACCUCCAUCUUUGGACGAAAUGCGAACAGGUUUCGGAGCAAAAGGCAACAAACCACGUUCCGUGGCAGACGGGCAAUCACAGCAUAGCUUCUCUAAUCAAUCUGGAAGAUAUCUGACUUCAGCUGCCUUCCCUAAUAACCUUCUGGCAUCUAGACAAGAUCUUCGCCAGUCCCGUCAAUCCCUAGCCUUGUCGCCCGACAGGAUGCUUGCUAGACCGCCCCACCACGUCCCGCCCCCUCACUCCGUCAUGUCCUCGAGCAGGCGCUCGAGGCCCAGGUCAAGAUCGCGAGAUCACCAGCGACCCAGCAGCAGAUACAGCACCGCUGGGUCUACCCACACCCUCAACAAUUACUGCGACAAUUCCGACAACUGGACGGAUCACGACAUGGACAUAUACAUGGCGAGGAAUCCGACGACCAGGAACGGUUUAGUGCCUCUGUAGAAGUUUCUGAGGAUGGGGAAGAGGUUUUAGUUUUGAUGAGUGUGUGCGGAAUCACUAGGAUUUGGUGAAGUUGUUAGUAGAAGCUUAAAGCCUUGAAGAGUGAUGUGAAACUAUGGUACUAGGCCAAUUCUAGAUAGAUUAAAAUCUAGUGGGAUCACUCAUCAAUGAACUUGUUUCAUGCUAUUGAAAAUGAUACUGGUUUGCUUAUAGACUGAUCGAGUUGGAGGUAUAUUAUACUUAUCGAGCCUAAUCUGUCCCAAUACCUCUUUAUAUUUGCAGAAAAAGGGAAAAUUCGAGAAGCAAGAGUUUAAAUUUGCCGCGUGUCUGUUGUCCAAUAAAAUUGAUCGCGUCUACAGCGGUGUUGCCAAGUGUCAAUUAUUUUACCAAAAAUACGAAGGUAUGAAACAUUAGAGAGUACAUUGGCUCAUACAUUCAAGAGAGAUAGCUGACUGGGUGGGAGUAUGGCUAAUAUAUAACGCUGACUUUCUUAUUUUUGGUGGGUGGCAUGAAUGCAUAAUUGAUUUAUUUUAUUGGGGUUCAUGAGCCUUCAAGAACUAUUUAAAAAUAUAGCUCGUUGAAUUCUAUUUAGAAUCAUGAUUUUGGAGUACAUUUUAUUUCAU